AUGUCAUCCUCUUCCGCACGCCCUCGCGCUUCCAUGUCGGCCUCGAUGGCCUACGAGUGGCUGUGGUGUGACGACCACGUCAAGAUCACGCAGUGGUUCCUCACCCAGCCGCGCCUAACGUACAAGGAAUUUUAUGCGUCGUUCAUCAACGUCGCCAACAGGGCAUGGGAGCUGUCUCGUCAACAGGAACGCGCUCCUUUGGAGGGCCUGCAGAAGACCAUCGUUGAAUUGCUGCAAAAGGAGCGUAUCCCUGCCGAUGAGCUGCUUACCGCCCUGCAGGAGUACUCGGCCGGUCUGGGUGAGGGCAAAGGCCGCUGGAAGGAGAAAGGGCUCGUCGCCUUCGACGAAGGUCUCAGUAAGUUGACGAUCCGUGCAUGUCUUCANCAGACACUGCCCCUGAGACAUCCCACUUACACUCAAGUAGACGACAAGGCUCUGACCGCCGGCAAGAACAAGCUGCGCGCAAAGGUCAUGAAGGACCUUCGCAAGUCUGAGAACCUGGGUCGUGUCGCUCGCCUCCAAGCCGCCGCCACCGCUGCCAACAAUGCCACUAUGGCUGAUCAGCAACCUCUGCCUGCCUUCAAGGCACCUCCUUCCCUGUCGGCCUAUGUGCCACCCUCUCGUUUCCCUGCCUGGUUGGCACCCUCUCCCUUGCCUGUGCCCGCGCCCUCGCCGCGUGGCCUGGCUCUCUCUUGGGAUCCGUUCGUGCAGCGCGAACAGCCCCUGUCUUUGGAGUCGAUGGGAGACGCCAUUGGCAACCUGGGUCCUGCUGCUGCCCCCUGUACGCAGGCCCAGCAGGCCACGGCUCUCUCAGUGCCCGUGAAGUUUGGCAGCCUACCGCUGGCCGGAGGCAAAAAGGCCAACGAGGAGGAAGAGAUGCGUGAUGGAUGGGAGGAGGAUGAAGAUAUGGUGUUGUAA